AGAAAAUCAGACGCACAAAUACAGCGAAAGCUUAAAACACAUCCGUAGACGAUCGCCUCUCUCUUUCUCUCUCUCGUUCCCAAUUAGCCUUUGUGGCUCUCUCUUUCUCUCUCAUCCUCUUCGCUUCUCCAUCUACUCUCUCUCUUUCGUUGAUCCAUCGACCUACUGCAACCAUGAGUGAUGAAGGAGAAAAGACUUGCCCACUUUGUGCUGAAGAGAUGGAUUUGACAGAUCAGCAGCUGAGGCCUUGCAAAUGUGGCUAUGAUAUUUGUGUUUGGUGUUGGCACCACAUUAUGGAUAUGGCUGAGAAGGAUGAUACAGAAGGGAGGUGCCCAGCAUGUCGCACCCCUUAUAACAAGGAAAAAAUAGUUGGGACAGCAUCAAAGUGUGAAAGAUUGGUAUCUGAAAUGAGUGUGGAAAAGAAACAAAAGUCACUGAAGGGAAAAACCAAAACUUCUGAAGGUAGAAAGCAGCUUAGUAGUGUGAGGGUUAUUCAAAGGAACCUUGUCUACAUUGUGGGACUACCUCUUAAUUUAGCAGAUGAAGAUCUUCUGCAGCGAAAAGAAUAUUUUGGUCAGUAUGGGAAGGUGCUGAAGGUUUCUAUAUCUCGGACAGCAGCUGGUUCCAUUCAACAUUUUGCAAACAAUACUUGUAGUGUAUAUAUUACUUACUCAAAGGAGGAUGAAGCUGUUCGAAGCAUACAAUCAGUACAUGGGUUUGUUUUGGAGGGUAGACCUUUGAGAGCCUGUUUUGGGACCACAAAGUAUUGUCAUGCAUGGCUGAGAAACAUGCCUUGCACCAAUCCUGAUUGCUUGUAUUUGCAUGAGUUUGGAUCACAAGAGGAUAGCUUCACUAAAGAUGAAAUAAUAUCAGAAUAUACAAGGGGUAGAGUUCAGCAAGUUACUGGUAUUACAAAUGAUAUACAAAGGCGAUCAGGGAAUUUUUUACCACCUGCAGCAGAUGAUUACUCUAAUAACACCACUUCUUCAUGGGCAAAACCUAUUAGUAAAACUCCUACAAAUGAUACAACCAACAGCAUGAAAGUUUCCCCACCAAAUAGCAGUUCUGGGAGAUCUGUAGCUCUUCCUGCAGCAGCCUCAUGGGGAACACAUGCUUCAAAUAGCCAACCUCUUGCUGCAAAUGCAGUGAGUUCUAAUGGAACUUUAAAGCAAAAGGUGGACACCUGUACUUCUACUACUACUACUGCUACACUAUCAUUUUCAACAGCAGUAGUGAGCCCCUCAUCACAUUCCAAUGGGAUACUAAAGAAUCACAGUGAAGAAAGUAAGCUGCAACAUCAUCAUCCGGAAUCUGCUACCUCAACCAUAAACAGUCAUCUUUGUACAGCCGCACCAAAUGAUAAAAACGAUUCAAUGCAAUCUUCCGAAACUGCCCCUGACAAGGACAAGGAUGUUGUUUCUGAUGAAGAAGGAAUCCAGAAGUUAUCAUCACUCAGCAUUGGUAGGAAUCAUGGAUUAGGAUUACAACCAUGUGAAGAUGAAAAACUUGUACAAGUACAACCUUUCACUUCAAAUAAACCAAAGAAAGGCACCAAUACCAAUACCAAUACCAAUCCCAAUCCCAAUCCCAAUCCCACCAUGGAUAAUAAAAGACAAGUGUUUUGUUUAGAACCAGAACCAGAACCAGAUUUUCAGAAUAAUGUAGAAGAAGAAGAAGAAGAAGAAGAAGAAGAAGAAGUUGCAGUUAGUGAAGCAGAAGCAGAAGUGGAUUUGUUAUCUUUUAAUGAUCAGAGGCUGAGGGAUCCAGAAGUUGUUACACAUACAAGCUAUAUACAGAAUGUCCCUCAAUCAUCCCAUGUGAAUCAGACUUGUUAUUCCCCAUUUGGGAAUCAAAACCUUGAUAGAGGAGGUUCCCUUUUGAAUACCAUAAAUAUGCCAGUAGCCAAUGGGCAUUCUUCCAAUGGAGAUGUCAAUUCCUUUUUUGAAGGGUCUAAUGGACAUUCUUAUAUUAAUAAGCAAAUUGGAAUGUUUGAUGAUACUACAGCAAAGAGGGACCACCAUAUUAGUAGUAAUAAUAAUAAUAAUGGAUCAAUAGAUUUAGGAGAAAACAGUAUAAUAUCUAAUAUUCUGUCAAUGGACUUUGACCCUUGGGACGAGUCAUUAACUUCACCUCAGAACUUGGCUAAAUUAUUAGGCAACAACAGUGAUAAACAAGAAAGAUCUGUCUCUUCAAGGAAAACACAAAAUUGCAAUCAGUCAAGAUUCUCAUUUGCAAGAGAGGAGGAUCAAGGAUCCAAUUUCAAUUUUACACAAAGUUUUAAUGAUUUUGGGCAAAAUCUCAAUCAUCAGAACAUGAACAUGAACAUGAAGCGUGAUUUUGUCAGCAACACAGAUGAGAAUGGUUUCUCUGCUUUUAAUUUUGAGGAAUCUGACAAUCGUAGUGCUGGCAAUUAUUCUUCCAAUAAGAUUUCAGUUUCAAGAUCUCAAAUCUCUGCACCUCCUGGAUUUAUGGGGCCCAGCAGAGCACCACCUCCAGGGUUCACCUCUAAUGAGAGGAUAGAACAGACAUAUGAUAACUUAUCUGGGAAUCAUAUGUUUGAGAGUGGUUCUAUAAUGAGAAAAAUGCAUCAGCAUCAGCAUCAAGCAGCAGCGGCUCCUGUAUAUAACGGUGGUGAGCUUGAGUUGAUGGAUCCUGCAAUUUUAGCUAUUGGUGGUAGUAGAGUUGACAUGAUGAGAUCAUCAUCAAACUUCCCUUCACAACAACAUGCUGUUGCUUCUUCUUAUGAAAACGAUAACAGGCUUAGACUUUUAAUGCAAAGCCAAAGAUCUUCUUUCACACACCAAACUCAAAACCAAAACCAGAGAUUUAGUGAGCUAGGCCUAGGAGGAGAUGGUUAUGGAGUUCCUUCAAGAAUUCUAGAACAGAACAACAACCGAUCCAGCUAUCAGCAGGGUGGAUUCCAACAGCCGAGGAUAUCUAAUGGGCAUUGGGAUGGAUGGAAUGAAGUUGGGAAUGGGAAUGGGAAUGAUAUUGCAAUGGCGGAGCUUCUGAGGAACGAGAGAUUGGGAUUCAACAAGUAUUAUUCUUCUGGUUAUGGUUAUGAAGAUACAAAGUUCCGGAUGCCAAGUUCGGGUGAUCUGUAUAACAACAGAACAUUUGGGAUUUAAUUAAGGAGAGGAGGAGAUGUGACUUGACUUGACUGACUUGCUUGCUUAAUGUGGAAUUCCAGAUGGAAUGGAUUGUGUUAUUGUUGAAAGAUUGAAAAACCUUCUGAAACAGGGCUUCCAGAAAACCACCAGGGUUAUACCAAGUAAUGAGAAUGAGAGGAGGACCCUGUUCCAGAAGAAGAAGAAGAACAAGUCUCAAGUGGAGAGAGGAUAUGGAUAUGGUGUGUACAUAAUAAGCAUCAACCAACUAAGCCCAGUGAGUGUGAUUGAUUUGAUUUGAUUUGAUUUGUCCAGAAAAAUAGUAAUUAUAUAAUGUUGGUGCCUCAAGAUAAAAGCAACUUAAUUAAUAUGCAUUUGCAGCAAGCAGUAUGAAUGAUGUUAUUAUUAUGGUCUUGUUUUCUUAUAAUCUAUCUAACCAUAUCAUAUACAA